AUGGCUGUUGGAAAGAACAAGCGCCUCUCCAAGGGCAAGAAGGGCAUUAAGAAGCGCACUGUCGACCCCUUCACCCGCAAGGAUGAGUACUCCGUGAAGGCCCCCUCCACCUUCCAGACCCGCGACGUCGGUAAGACUCUGGUCAACCGCACCAGCGGUCUGAAGAACGCCAAUGACUCCCUGAAGGGCCGUAUCUUCGAGGUCUCCCUCGCUGAUCUGCAGAACGACGAGGACCACGCUUUCCGCAAGGUCAAGCUCCGUGUGGAUGAGAUCCAGGGCAAGAACUGCCUGACCAACUUCCACGGCUUGGACUUCACCACCGACAAGCUGCGCUCCCUGGUCCGCAAGUGGCAGUCUCUCAUCGAGGCCAAUGUCACCGUGAAGACCACCGAUGACUACCUUCUCCGUCUGUUCGCCAUCGCCUUCACCAAGAGACGCCCCAACCAGAUCAAGAAGACCACCUACGCUCGCUCGUCUCAAAUUCGUGCCAUCCGCAAGAAGAUGACUGAGAUCAUUCAGCGCGAGGCCGCCACCUGCACCCUGUCUCAGCUCACCCACAAGCUCAUCCCCGAGGUUAUUGGUCGUGAGAUCGAGAAGUCGACCCAGGGCAUCUACCCCCUCCAGAAUGUUCACAUUCGCAAGGUCAAGCUCCUGAAGUCGCCUAAGUUUGAUCUCGGUGCUCUCCUCGCCCUCCACGGCGAGUCGGCCACUGAUGACAAGGGUCAAAAGGUUGAGCGCGAGUUCAAGGACACUGUUCUUGAGUCUGUUUAA